AACAAACUCGCCCUCAUCCCACCACGGCAGAAUAAGCAGGUUCGCGCGCGUCCACCACGGCCCAGGAGCUACUGCUGCAGCUACGCGCCGGAUUUAUUGUUUGACAGCUUCUAUCUGUUCAGGCUAUUUUUUUUUUAAUCCUGUGUAAGAAAGGCUUGUGACAAAGCUCUAUCUAUAGCCAUGCCGGCAACUUCUGCGCCUUUGACGCCAGGAUUAGCGUCGUUUCUUAAGUCGCUCAAGACAAAUCCUAUCGACACAUCGAUUGAUAAUCUGAUCUCGUUGCUCAAGAGACGACAGAUCCGUCAUUCGAGAUCAUGCGCCACCGCAACCGCUUAUCUUUUACUUCGGGUGAUUUCGUUCUGCCGGACUACGGAUGCGAACAAGUUAAUCGAACGGGUGCAGAGUGUGGGUAGGCGGCUGAUGGCCGCACAGCCCAGGGAGAUGGUGGUGGGGAAUAUUGUCCGGCGGGUGUUGGGCUUGAUUCGCGAUGAGGCAGAGGAUGAUCGCGAUGCCGAGUUUGCCCUAAGUGAUGCAGGCUCGGAAAGCCAGCCACAGACUCCUCGUGUCCUUGAAGAUCCAUCCACUCCCCAGGAUAGAGACUUCCUCUCUGUUCGCCAUGAGGGCUCGGAGCGAUCAUCUUCGCGGCCUCCUUUAACCUCGCACUCGACGAACCCGGCACCAAUCUCGAUGUUCAGCCUUCUUUCCGGUCCGGAGGCCGAAUCGUCUCUCCCAGGAUCACCAGUCCCGGGUUCCCCAUCUGGCCGAGUAACAGGACAUGGCUCAGUUCGAGACAUCCGCGCAGAAGUCCUUGACGGAAUUGGCGAAAUCAUCGACGAGUUGGGUCAGGUCGACGAUCAAAUUGCUGCGUAUGCACUUGACCACAUCCACUCAAACGAGGUCAUCCUCACCCACACGUCCUCCACCACUGUACAAAAAUUUCUGCUCAAAGCUGCAGCAAAACGCAAGUUUACUGUCAUUCAUGCCGAAUCGUAUCCGAACAACCAUGACGCAACCCAUGCCACCGUCAGCGGUACCGUGUCUGACGAGGACGACAACUUGAGCUUCGAGUCGUUCCAGAAGCCGCUGAUCGCUCUUGGCAUCACCGUGAUCCUCAUCCCUGAUUCCGCGGUAUUUGCACUCAUGUCCCGGGUCAACAAGGUUAUUCUGGGCACCCACUCUGUCCUUGCAAACGGCGGGCUGGUUGCUGCCGCCGGUACGCGGGUCAUUGCCCGGGCAGCCAAGGUGCAUCAGACCCCGGUGGUGGUAGUCAGCGGAGUCUACAAGCUCAGCCCCGUAUACCCGUUUGAUUUUGACUCGUUGAUCGAGUACGGCGACGCAAGCAAUGUCAUCGGGUACGAAGACGGAGACCUCGUGGACCAGAUUGAUGUCCAAAAUCCACUAUACGACUACGUCCCUGCAGAGCUGAUCGAUCUCUACAUUACCAACUUGGGCGGUCAUGCGCCAUCAUAUCUUUAUCGCAUCGUGUCGGAUCACUAUCGGAAGGAGGAUAUCAGCUUCUAGACUUAUGAUUUCGAUGAUUAAAAAAGCUCUUAAAAGUGGAAUGAUAUUCGACGCAAAAUAAACACUAGAAAUCAAAAUCAAAAGGACGAUACCCAAUGACAUGUGGAUGUCACUAAAGAAUAAACUAACGUUCCUCUUAUGUAGUAUGGAGUGCUAGAAUUACAGCCAGAAUUACAGCCCAAUGUUCUAUAGAGUGGGCGCCUAUGGUUACCACAGCACACAUAAAAAUCUAAACACUAUGUUUAGUUUGCAUGUAAAGAAUCAUGGCGCCAUCAUUUUUAAGGAUGUUGAUCGUAGGUGUGUAGAUUGUUUUGUGUUGGAGGCUAUGCUCCGUCCUGAACCCAUGAAGAAAAAAAGAGGAAACUUGUAUCUUUAGAUUCCCAGACCACAGAGCACGAAGAAAAGGUAUCCCACACGGUUUUUAUCUCCUGACUUCCAUGGAAUGGCACCGCCACUCGACCCCAGCCAUCGUGUAUUGAAUAAUAAAAUUGAUGUU